GCAGAAUUAUCAGUCAACAGACUCAAGUCUUCUCAUCGAGAUCAGCCGAAAUGCAGUCUACCAUUAUCUUCGCCAUGCUGUGCUGCGCAUUCGGCGCUGCUUUGGCUCAUCCGAAUCCCGAGGAUCUGACCAUGAAGCCCACCCCACCACCUCAGUAUCCUCUCAAUCUGCAGGGCGGAGGUGGAGGUGCCCGAGGCGAUGGAUUCGGCUUCAAUGUUGGGGGUCGACAGAAUGUCUGGACCAGCGACAACGGACGCCACGAGAUCGAUUUGACCGGAAGAUAUGGCCAGCACUUGGGCGGACCUUAUGGAAACUCACCAGCCAGCUAUGAUUUAGGAGGCGUCUACCGCUUCAGAUUCUAGAAGAUUUGGCGAAACAUAUUAUCAACUAUAAACAUACGAAUACCUGCCCAUAAUUCGCUAUCUAAACUGUCAUCAAAUAAGUUUUUGCUUAAAAAAAAAAUAUUCAUACUUUUGAGAAAUAUAUUACCAAAUACAACCAAA